AGACCGCAGAACAGAGGAAACAAAGGUUAGGUGAACGCACGCAUAGAGGUCAAUUGUCAAGAACAGCAACUAAGCAAUUCGUACGAAAGAGAUGGACACGUUCUACAUAUCCCAUGGAGCGCCGACGCUGUCGAUAGAUGAGUCGCUACCGGCUAGGCAUUUCUUGAAAGCAUGGCAGGACAGAUGUCUCUGCCAGAGGCCGACUUCCAUUCUCGUUGUUUCCGGUCACUGGGAGGCGACUGUGCCAACUGUCAACGUCAUUGCUGGCCGCAACGAAACCAUCCAUGACUUCUACAACUUUCCCGAACAGAUGUACAAGCUCAAGUACCCUGCACCUGGAGCUCCAGAACUGGCAAAGAAAGUGAAGGAACUGCUCAUGGCAUCAGGCUUUGAGCAUGUUGAAGAAGAUAAAACUCGAGGACUUGACCAUGGUGCAUGGGUCCCCCUGAUGUUAAUGUAUCCAGAGGCAGAUAUCCCAGUGUGUCAACUCUCAGUUCAGCCCAAUAGGGAUGGCUCUUAUCACUACAACUUGGGGAAGGCGUUGGCCCCUCUCAAGGAGGAAGGUGUCCUCAUCAUGGGUUCUGGUAGUGCUACUCAUAACUUGAGAGCACCGAGAAACUGUCCCACUCCUCCUUGGGCUUUGGAUUUUGAUACCUGGCUUAAAGAUGCUCUUCUUGAAGGAAGAUACGAAGACGUGAAUCAGUGGGAAGAGAAGGCACCAUGUGCAAAAAUGGCUCACCCAUGGCCGGAUCAUUUAUACCCAUUGCAUGUGGCAGUGGGUGCUGCUGGUGAAAAUGCGAAGGCAAAACUCAUCCACCAUAGCUGGCACAAGGGCGGUUCUCUUUCUUAUGCCUCUUACCAGUUCACAUCUGCUACCGUCUGAAUCUACAUUGCAGAAUUGUCUAUCAUGUCGUAUGAUGUUGUAGCUACCAGUCAGAAAUAGUAUCAACCCUUGCAAAGCUUGAGAAUUGAGGCUUUUAAAUUUUAAAUAAAUGAAGGUUUUUUUUUAUCCUUUCA